CAAUUCACCAAAAAAACGUUACGUCACAUUGCAUCAAAUUUUUUAGAAAACUGGUCAAACUCGAAAACGUAAGAAUUAACCCGUUUGCCCAUCGCAAGAAUUCUCUUAUUACCUUGCCCGAGUUAUUCUAUUUAAAAGCGCGUAAUGGCAGAAAACCAAGACCCCCUUCCGGUAAGGGAAGAAGAUCUUGAGGAUGGUAACGAACUGGAUUCUGAAGAUCUUCUGGCUGAAAUGGCAGAGGGUGUUCCUGAACAUCUUUCUGACGUUGCUGCAGAAGAAAUGGAGGAUGAAGAACUUCUAUUGGACGACUCUUUAUCACCACUUGAAAAGAUAUUCUUAUAUGUGAAGAGUGAUUUGGUGUUUCAUAGAGUGUUCAUUGCAAAGGAACUUCCCUCAUUAAUAAGAGAUGUGGAAAUUAGUGAAGCAGUCGAAUAUGUGUUACCCUUGAUGAACUCUUUGGGAACUGAUCCAGAGGAUCACGUCCGUGAAGCAUUUGCACCUGAAGUAGAUAAGAUUAUAUGGUUUUAUUAUUCUCAUUGUCCACUGAGAGAAAAUACAUCAGAUAACGUUCAAGGGGAUAAUGGGUCUAUAAAUUCUCGACCAAUGACACCCCAACGACCUCAGACGCCUCAGCGUCCACAUACACCACAAAGACCUCAAACACCUCAAAGACCACAAACACCAAUACAGCAGCAAUUACAACAACUUCCUGCACAACCACAAACACCAACUAGUCAUUUACCAUAUUUAUCUCCUGCUGCUUUUACUCCUCUUCUUCAUGCACUUCUUCUUGAUCAAAAUACUAGCAUCGCAGCAGCAGCACAAGCAGCCGUUCAGUCUCUAGUUGAGAGAAUAUUAGAAGAACCUGAUGUAAAUCCUAAAGAAAAGGAAUUAUUGGAGAGAGAGACUUUAGAGGGUGUUGUUUUAGGUAUAGGCAAAUUAGAUCAGGAGAAAGCGAAAAGAGAGGAUUUAGAAUGGGACGCGGAUGGUGAUGAUACAAGUGUUGGUGCCGUUGCUGGUGGCGAAGAAGAAGCUGAAUUGGGGCGAAUGACUAUGAUGACGUUAAUAUCAUCACUUGCACCUAUUGUUGGUCCAGAAAAAUGUGCACGUUUAUUUGUGCCAGAAUUAGAUAAAAUGUCAGAUGAGCCAGUGUUUUAUGUACGGAAGGAAGCGGCUUUAGCGGUUGGAAGUUUAGCUGGAAUUUUACCUUUGGAUAUUAUUACGUCAAAAUUGUUACCCAUAUACGACCAUUUCUCAACCGAUGCUAUUUGGCACGUACGUCGUUCUUGCUGCCUAGUCUUAGCUACAAUAUGCUCUCGCCUUCCAGAAGAAAUGAAAGCUGAACGAGCUGUGAAAGGAAUUGAACUUUUCGCAGGAGAUGUAAGCCGAAGUGUGCGAUCAGCUGCUGGCGAAAUUAUUGGUGAAUUAAUUGCCACUUUCCAUCCUAAUGGUAAGGUACCUGAAAGUUUGGUACAACAUUUCCUUAGUUUGGGGCCUGUUAGGGAAUCAACUAUCGGUAUUACCAAUGUAACUGGUAGUGCUUAUAAUAAUACCGGGAUUGGACAGAGAGAUCCGGAACGCCCAGUUAUAUGUGCAUAUAAUUUUCCCGCUGUAGUUUUAACUCUGGGAGAAAGUCGAUGGGACGAUCUAAAAGAGACAUAUUUUUCUUUAACGCGAGAUAUGCAGAUCAAAGUUCGAAGGUCUUUGGCUUGUUCGCUUCAUGAAAUCGCAAAAGUAAUUGGUCCCUCAAAAACAGAACGAGACUUACUGAGUGUUUUUAGAUCUUAUUUAGAUGAUAUGGAUGAAGUUAAAUCAGGUCUCAUGGAACAUCUUGCAGAUUUCAUCGAGUGUUUACCACUAAACACUCGGAACGAUUAUUUGCCGUCAUUAAAUGAUGUAUGGGAUGGAGUAAAUCAUCAAUGGCGUUUGAGAGACGAGAUUGCAAAACAAUUACCUGCGUUAUGCAGACUAUUUAAUAGUCAAAAUGUUAUAAAUCAUAUUUUACCUUUAACCAUCCGUGCGAUCAAGGAUGAUGUUGCUAGUGUUCGAGAAACAGCCGUCUCUAGUUUUCCAACUUUAUUUCAAGUCGUUCGAAACGAUGAGUCAUGUUAUAAUGACAUGAUAAAACGAGUAUGUGAGUUUGCCUCUGAUAAUAAAUUUAGAGGCAGAGUAGUUUUUGUGCAGAUUUGCAAUGCUCUUGUUUCUACGGAUUAUCCGAAGGAGGAAUUUGCAAGACAUUUCUUAAAUGAUUUAGAAAAACUUGCAUCAGAUAGGGUAAUAAAUGUUAGAAUUGCGUUAGCAAGGCUUGUUGGUGAAUUAUGUCGAAUGGAACAAUAUUAUCAGGAUUCUUCAAGUCGACCUUCACAAAUCAAUAAUAUGUUACGUCGACUUGCGGAUGACACUGACGUUGAUGUACGUGGAUUUGUAUUUUUAUAUUUAACACCUGAGGAAAGAUCAAAAUUCAUAUCAUCAACUAUACAAGCAAUGGCUGAGAGCGCAGAAAAUGGACUAGCACCUAUAUCAGAAGAAAACGAUCUGGAUAACGGCGGGUCAAUAACACAAGAAACACAUGAUUCAACACCAAUUAUGACUAAUGUAAAUAAUGAGGAAAAACAUGAUACAGAGAAAAGUAAAGAAUCGAGAGAUAUGGAAAAUGGACGUGAAAAUGAUGAUCCGCUGGACGCGAUCAUGGGAGAAAUUCCGAUUGCAUUUAUAAGAUCAAAUGUUAUUGAAGUGGAUAAUAACAGUAGGUCAUCCUCCAGCCUCAUGGUAUCAUCACCACCACCAUAAUAAGUAUUAUAUUCUUCUCCCAUAAACAACAAUAAAAGUCAUGAACAUUUCUCUAAUAUUUAUUGAAAUUUUGCUUGAAUUAAAAAAUUAUUUAAAUGUCAGUAGGAAGGUAUUGUUUUAUAGACCUAAAAGACUUAUGUUAUCACAUUUUACUUGAAGAAAUUUAAAAUAUUUCUUUAUGAUUGUAUGAUAAAAAUUUUUAUUCUUUUAGCGGCAAACAAAUUAUAACAGAUAAUUAUUAUAUAAUACAACUGCUAUUAUAGCAAUCAUUCAUCAAUUAUUGAUUUUACUACUUUUACUAUUUUUUACAUUCAUUUUGUAUGGAAAUUUGUUAUUAAAAUUUAUUAUUAUAAUAAAAUAAU